CCCGCAUCCCCUCGGCUCCCAGCCCUGGCAAAGGCAGCGGGCCAGCCUGCUUAGCAUGCGGCUGUCACCGCUGGGAGCAAUCACUGCUGCCACGCAGCCAAGCCCGGCGGCCGCCAGCAUCCCGGUCCGGCGUCCCCACCAUCCUGGCUCGUCGUGUGAUUUCUCCUAAGGGACAACCGCUUAGCGAGACUGUGUCUCCAAGCUGAUCCUUUGCUGAUAAGCCAGCUACCAAGCCUCCACUGCUGAGACAAGAGAGUUUUUCUUUUCCCAGCAGGGCUGUUCUGCUGUGAAUGACAGAGAAAGGGAUAAAAGUGAGCUGCCUGGCACUCCUCGUGGGAGAGAGGCUUUGGGGGCUCCUUCCCCCCUGGUGUGCUGGCAGAACAUGGAGCUUUUCAGGCUGAGUCUGGGCUGCAUUUGCCUCCUUCCUUGGCUUGAAGUAGCAGAGGGACAAGGCUUCCUCAUAAGGAACACCCGGCUGGAAAAGUGCAUCCAUGCCUCUCACGAGACCAACAGCAUCAGACUGGCCAGCUGCAAGGAGCAGUCCCAGCAGCAGCGGUGGGGCUGGGACCCCGACACGGACACCAUCGUCAGCCUGCACACCAGGUGGUGCCUGUCAGCCCACAGGAUGCGCGAGUACGCUCUGGUCAAGCUGGAGCCCUGUGGAGACUGGGAACGCCAGGCAUGGUCCUGCAGCAAGAAGGGACAUUUGACUCUGCAGAGCUUGGGCUUCCACCUCGGCACCAAGGAGGAAGGCCACAAGGUCUUUGUCUCAAGGGAGAAGGACAAGUUCAGCAGGUGGAAGACGCUGGCAGAUGAAACCAUCUGUGCUGCAGCCCGGACAGCAGCUGAGAGGCCCAGCAAACCAACACAACAAGCUCUAGACACACGUGUGUGGACCUAUGAAACUAAAACCAUUGAUUUAUCAAAGAUUGAUGCUGUGGACAGAGAGUCUUCUGUGAGCUUGACUGAUCCCCCUCUGGCUAACAAAUUCAACAGCACAGUGUCUCCGGCAAAGACCAAACAGGCACAGCUCCCGGCAAAUGAGGAUCCAUCCCACAGCCACUCCAAGAAGCAUGGAAAUCGGGGGAAAAACACUGGGGCCAGGCUUGCAGGCACAAACUGGAAGACAGCCAUGCUGGUCCUCAGCCCCCUGGCAUUCAUACUAGGAUUAAUAAUACUGACACUCAAUCUUCAUUACAACAAGAAGAAGAAAAUCCUCUCUGCCCUGAAGAGCUCUCCAGCAAACAGCAGCAGAGUUGAUUUACGGGAGCCGAGCUCCUUACGAAGAGGCCCCCAGCCACACAUUCCACCAUCCCAGUCCCCUGGCCUGAGGCGGGGAGAGAUCCUCAUUGAGUGGAAAGAUGGGACUGUCACUCCGCUUUUUGAUAACAUCCAUUACCAAGUGGACUAGCUCCAAAAUGACAGAGCUUUUCUUCCAUUCCGUGUCACUGUUCCCACCAGGAAGAGUGCCACCUGAUCUCCUCCUUACCCUUGCUGUUUUGACAGGAAGCACUGUUUGGGGUUUUUUUCUAAACACUUGAGUACAAUCUCCUUGCACAGCACAAGACUGAAGCAAGCAGAGUAGAUUGUUUGGUUUGUAUAGGUACAUGCUUCUUAGCAAUUCCACAGCUGCUUUAACCAGUAACAAACCCCAGGUUUCCCCAGAUGAAGCUGGGACUUUUGCCAGCUGCAACUGCCCAUUGAACCAAAAUUAGAGUUACUGAGCAUAUGAAAAAGUGAAUCUUUGAAAAUAAGGAAGAAGGUAAAAAACAGAAGUCUUCAUGAUCCUCAAAUUCCUUUCAAGUUAAAACUAGCUGCCAAUAGAUACAGAAGGCCAUCAGUUACAUAGUCAGUGUGAGAAUGUAAUUAAUAAGGCCUGCCCUCUAUAAAAUCUCUUCCAGGUGUCUGCCAAAAUAUUUAUCCUCACUAAGUUGUCAAUUAAGUAACAGCAAGUCAUUUUUCUAACUUAAAAGGUAGCACUCCACUGUCCUCUGUGCAUCACUACAAGAGCUCUGCUGAGAGAGCAUGUCUCACAAAACGUUUCCACAUUUACAAUGUAUUAAACCUUAUUAUAACACACAUCUUCUUUUAUUAUAUAGACUGGCAAGUAAUGUCAGUCAUGCUUGUUGGGGAUAUUUCAUAUAGAGCCACUUUAUACCAGCUUCAGUCUCUGAUUUCCUAUAAUCAUAUGGAAUAGUCAAUGAAUAGAUGCAUUGCUCCAGAGUAGUAAUUACCAGAGCAGUAAUCCAGUUGUUUUUCUUUUAGACAGGAGCGUGACAUUGUUUUCAGCCUUUACACUUCUUGUUUGAGCAUAAUUACCUGUGACCGUCACACUCAAUCCUGAUCUUUUUCUCAGUGAAAUUUGCCAUGUCUUAGUGCUUUCCUAAUAUUUAUGAAUGUAUGCUUUCUUUCUCUCUGAUUUUGAGAUGAUGUAAUCAUGGCUAUAAGUCAAGAAUUAUGUGGAGAAAGAAACAAUAACACCAGGAAAUUACAAGUAUGAGCUGUGUCAGUGUAUUUGUUCAGUAGAGCAAGGGAAACCAUAUCCUCAUGUCUCUUACUUGAGCAAUGCCUUUCACUUGACCUAAAUUAAGCUGUUCUGCUGUUUCAGCGUAGCUUGCUCUUCUCUUGAGUUUGGUUUUAUAUAACGUACAGCAGAAGUAAGAUCUCUCCAAUGAAUUUAAAAUUUCUGGGGUUUGUUUUGGUUGCUUGGUUGUUUAAUUUUUCUUUUUAAAUGGUAAAAGGUUUACUGUCAUGAGAUAUUACUAUAACGAAAUCUUAACUCAUCUUAAAAAAAAUACAAGCCCUAUUGGUUUAGGGCGUAAAUAUCAUAGAGGUUGGAAAUUAAUAUCUUUGCCAGGCAGAUUAUUCCAUAAUUAUCUACUGGAGGGUUUCCCAGAUGCUCCUUGGGAAAAUACUAUUAGACAUCGGCAGAGGAAGAACUCUUUCUUCACCAGUGAGCAGCAAGAAUCAGAGUUAAACUCUGACUUUCCAACAUUUCUACUUUAAAUGAAAUCCAAAGUCUCUGAGAUCAAAAAAUGAGUAAGUAUAAUUUUACUCACAAAAUUUGUGGGAAUACAUUCUGUACAUAAAUCACUUAAAAUGCACACACAGUGCCUGAUCCACUAUAACAGCUACACCCCUUGGAAUUUUGUUCAAGGAGCACAUCACCGAGUGCACAGCACUGGUCACCCUCCAAAACCUUGACAGCCUUUGGGAACACUAUGUAAGCAGUGCCAUUAAAAGGGAAAUACUGACUUGGAGCCGAGCUAAUGUGUUUUCCAAAGCACCAAGUGCCUGUGUUCAUUACUUCUGAAUGGGCAGAACCGAUGACUUGCUGGUGACUCUCUAACUCCAGCUUAAUAUUCUAAUCUUGCUCAAAAACACGAAGGCAGCAACACUACUGUUUACACAGCACUGAUUAAAUGGUAGCUCAAACAAUAAUGAAAAAACAAGACUGAGGCUGAAUAGGCUUUUAACUCUUCCCUCCCACUCUCAUUGGUUGUUACACUCUCUGCCACCACCUGAAUGAAAGACUUCUGAGCAGUGUUCAUAGUCAAAACAAAGCCUGACUGUAACGUGGAGAAGCACUGAAGUUUCUUAUAUUCUUAUAUAUACAUACAUAUUUAUAUGUAAAAGCCUUAUAGUGCAUCCCUUUUUUUGAAAAUAUAAAUAUACACAAUUUUAAAUCACGCCACUGGAAGAUAACAGAGUGACAAGCAAGAGACUCCUGUCACAACAUUAUUAAUGUCUGCUGCCCUAGAAGAUGAAUGGCUUCAGCCACAGAAGCAUUGAUAUUAUGAAACAGACAA